AUGAAAAAGCGUGUGUCGGAUUGGGGCAAUCGCCGAAUCGAAGAAAUCUCUGAAAGCUUCUACAAGCGCUACUCGACAAAUGCCGACGCGAGUCAUGAAGCAUGGCUGGCAGAGAGUCAGUUGGAAGCCUGGAAGAUGCGCACUCGCCUGGAGCUCUUGGAGGAGCUGCGCCGAGAAGCUUCCGGCUGGCAUUCCAAGAAGAUGCAGCAGUUGCGACGCUUGCAGGCUCCUGGUGGCAAGAAAGGGCAAAGCCAGAACGGUGCAGCCGCUGUGGCAGAAGCCUUUUUGAGCCUGAAAGCCAGGAUCCACAAGUCUUUGCAGGGCAUCAUCACGGCCGAGGUUGCAGACCAUUCGCUUAGUCGCCUUGGGCAGGUCAACUCAUGGCAUCAAGCUCACGGAGAACUGAUUCAAGAGCAGCAGGACUCUGCGCAAGGCGAUGGAUGGACUUGUGGAGUGGGCUCGAUCCCGGUGUGGUUAUCAGCUGGCAGAAGCUGCGCAAGGGCUGGUGCAGCAAUGCCACGAGGCCCUGCCAUUUCAAGCGCCGAAGCUGGAGCCUGUGGAGCUUGCAGAGGACGACACAUCCAUGGAGGAGCACUUCAAAGCCAUAAGUGCUGGCCUCGCAGGUUUGGAGCCUACUCCUGA